AUGCUUAUAGUCAGAGCUACAGAGAAUGAUAUCAACGAAGAUGAAGCAACGACUGGGAGUGCUUCAAGCAUUAAUCAGAUACUUGGAUGGAGACACAGCUCCACAGCCGUGUCUCCAUCCAGAGAUGGAGACAGGCCAUGUCUCCAUCCAUCGGAACUCCAUCCAGUGCAUGGAGUUCCAUGUCUCUGUACACUAGAUGGAGACAUUUCUCCAUGUCUCUGUCCAGUGGACGGAGGCAUGGAACUCCGUCCAUGUUUGCUGUCUUUAGACUGCUCGAGAUUCACUUCACCUGGCACAGAUAUAGGUCCCAAUUUUGAAGCUCAUGGAGAGAAUAAAGACCCAGAAGAAUAUGAAAUCGAACCAACCCCUAGAAGUAGCAGAAACAGCCUUCCCUGGAAGUAG